ACAUCCGCUUUCAAUUUCAACAGACAACGGCAUGGUCAACUAAUAAUUUAACGUAAAAGUGCCGAAAUUAUGUCAAAUAGUGAAGAAAUUCGAAAAGUUAUCAGCGACUUCGAAGCGCAAACCUCGCGGACUUCUCCUUUAAGCGUCCGUUUGACUGCGUUCGACUAUAUUUGUGGUAUUGUCUCCGAAGAGGCAGGCCAGAAUCUUAUUCUGACAAAUAAAAAGUUGUUAGAUAAUGUAAUCGACGCUGUUCAGCCAAGUGAUGUUUCAUUAUCCACCAUGGCGAUAAAGACCCUGAUAAAUCUAAGUGCUUCAAACGAUUCUCUGUCGCAAACGAUAAUCGCCCACGAUAAGGCAAUCAAUACCCUAACUGCCGAGGCUUUGAACCCUAAAUCCGAUAUAUGCAAUAAUUCUAGUAUGUUGUUAAGGAAUUUAACGACAAAUAUGAUAAUUUGUCAUCAAUAUUACGAACAUUUAAAAUCAAAAACAGACGUAACCAUAUUUAGUUUUAUCGAUGCUUUCUUUGAUGGGACUUAUGAAAAAGAAACAACAACGCAUAUAUCAAAUAUUUUAAGAAACCUGAUGCAAUGUCCUGAUGUAAGAAGAAUUUUAUCCGAGAAGAGGGAAGUAAUAAAAAAGUUCACUAGCUUUUUAUCGCCUGUAGCUCGUAAUGACGUACGUUAUGAAGCCAGUUUAGGAUUGAUGCAUAAUUUAUGCUGGCAGAAAGAGUUGCAUGAGUGGUUGUUGACUGAUAAUAGCGUGGGCAUUCUGACACGGUUAUUAGAACCGUUAGCAGGCCCUGAGGAAUUUGAUGAUGAUGAAAUGGAAAAAUUACCGAUUGAACUACAAUACUUACCUGGAGAUAAAAAGCGAGAACCAGUUGCGGAAAUUAGAAAAUUGUUGAUACAAACCAUUCAUCGUUUAACUGUUACUAAGUUCGGUAGAGAUUUUAUUAAGGAUAACGGUGCAUAUUACAUAUUAAGAGAGUUACAUAAAGUUGAAGAACACCCAGGGGUUAUGAAUGUUUUAGAAAGUUGUAUUUAUUGUCUUAUUCAGGAUAUAGAGGACAAAGAUGAUUUGGAUAAAGUGGAAAUUCCCAGCGAUAUUGAAGAAAAGUUAAUGAAAGAACAUUUAGAAAUUGAAAAGGAAGUUACUGACAAGGAAAAAAGCUUAAAUGUGUCACCAGAAUGA